CCUCGGAGCCGCCCCGCCAGCCAUGGCCAAUGGUGUGGGGCCGGGGCUCCCGGACGGGAUGAUGUAUCCGUCGUCUCUGCACAGCUCGGUGAGCGAAGCCAGCACCGCCACCCGCUACCUGCUCAGCAAGCACAGCCGCCUGGCCAACAGGCACGCGCGGGGCCUGCGCGCCAAUUCGCCCAUGGGCCGCGUCAUCCUCAUCAACUCGCCCAUCGAAGCCAACAGCGACGAGAGCGACAUAAUUAAUGCCAUCACGGUGGAGAAGAGCACGGACGGGAAGCUGGGGUUCAGCGUGCGCGGCGGCUCUGAGCACGGCCUGGGCAUCUUCGUUAGCAAGGUCGAGGACGGCAGUGCAGCCGAGCUGGCCGGGCUGUGCGUCGGAGACAAGAUCACGGAGGUGAACAGCAUCAGCCUGGAGAGCAUCACCAUGGGCAGCGCCGUCAAGGUGCUGACGGGCAACAACCGGCUGCGCAUGGUGGUGCGGCGCAUGGGCAAGGUGCCCGGCAUCAAGUUCUCCAAGGAGAAGACGGCCUGGGUGGACGUGGUGAACCGGCGCCUGAUCGUGGAGCGCAGCGGGUCGACGCCGUCCGACAGCAGCUCGGAGGAUGGGCUGCGGCGCAUCGUGCACCUGUACACCACCUCCGACGACUACUGCCUCGGCUUCAACAUCCGCGGCGGCCGCGAGUUCGGCUUGGGCAUCUACGUCUCCAAGGUGGACCCUGGCGGGCUGGCGGAGCAGAACGGCAUCCGCGUGGGAGACCAAGUCCUUGCAGCCAACGGAGUCAAGUUCGAAGACAUCAGCCAUAGCAAGGCAGUGGAAGUGCUAAAGGGGCAGACUCACAUCAUGCUCACCAUCAAGGAGACCGGGCGCUUCCCCGCCUACAAGGAGAUGGUGGCCGAGUACUGCUGGCUCAACAGAUUGGCCAACGGGCAGCUGCAGCAGCUGUCCCAGGCCUCGGAGACCAGCUCCUCCGUCUCGUCCUACUCCUCGAGCACGGCCUUUGGCGCCCUCAACGGGCUGGCAGCGCCCAGCCGGGUGGAUGUGGGCAUCUCCACGGAGGACGGGCAGAGCCGCCGGCGUGAGCGGGAGUGGGCUGAGACGGCCAUCCAGACGGACCCGCCGAGCGCCGAGACGUGGCGCACGGUGCGGCCCCCAGAGCUGCUGCGGGACACAGCCAUCCGGGCCGAGGCUGCCCGCGAGCCCUUCCUGGCCCGGAGACGCCGGCCCGGCCACAGCCCCGGCCACGACCCAUCAGACUCGCCCAAGACGGCCCUGCUGCUGGCGCUCGGCAGGCCCCGCCAGCCCAUCAAGCGCUCCCAGAGUUACCUCACCAUCUGCGAGGAGAAGAAGAAGAAGGAGAAGCCGGCGGGGCCGGGGGAGAAGCCGGGGCUGCAGCGCUCCAAGACGCUCGUCAACCUCUUCCUGCGCGGCAGCCGGGCGGGCCGGCAGAGCUGGACGCUGGGCGACGAAGAGCUGGGGGCGCGGGCCCAGUCCCCGGGGCGCGAGCCCGACAGAGGUACGGGGGGCUCGGGCCCCGUGCAGAAAUUCGUGAGCCGGAGCCUGAAACGGGGUAAGACGGGGAAGGGGGCGCUUGUAGGCCCCCGCACCAGUGUCCUGGGUGCCCCCAGCCCACGGAGCACGGGCGCCGAGGCCGAGAGCCGCUUGCUCCUCAUCCGCGACAUGGCCACCAAGCUGCUUGGCGAAGACGAGGUGGCUGCUGUGCUGCGCCACUGCACCCAGUACGUCUACAAGGGCUGUGUGGAGGACCUGGUGCGGCCACUUCUGGCCAUCCUGGACCGGCCUGAGAAGCUUCUCCUCCUGCGGGACGUCAGGAGCGUGGUCGCCCCCACCGACCUAGGCCGUUUUGACAGCAUGGUGAUGCCGCUGGAGCUGGAGGCUUACGAUGCCCUGAAGAGCAGAACAGCAAGGUCACCUGUGCUCCGCCCGGCGCAGCACGACGUGCCCCCGCGCCGACAUCUCAUCACGCCCGUGCCUGACUCCCGGGGUGGCUUCCUGCUGCGGCUGCUGGACCCGCUGGAGGCGGAGGCGGCGGUGCUGCCGGCAGGGCUGGAGCAGCUGCGGCUGGCCCCCGAGCGCCGUGGUCAGGCCACGGGGACACCCACGGGUGCGCAGUACUCGGUGGUGGGCAAGGCUCGCUACACCCGGCCCCCGCUAGCCCGGCUGUUCACCGACGGCAAAGGGGGCCCGGAGCCAGCCCAGAACGGGCCCAGCGAGGCACCGGAGCCCCAGUACGAGCUGCGCACCGUCCGCGUCUCCAAGCGCAAGCAAUCGCUGGGGAUCAGCAUCUCAGGUGGGAUCGAAUCCAAGCUGCAGCCGAUGGUGAAGAUCGAGAAGAUCUUCCCUGGAGGAGCAGCCUUCCUGAGCGGAGGCCUGCAGGCCGGCUACGAGGUGGUGUCGGUGGACGGCGAGAGCCUGCAGAACGUGACACAUGGGCGCGCCGUGGACAUCAUCCGCCAGGCCUACCGCAACAAGGCCCGCGACCCCAUGCAGCUCGUGGUGAAGGUGCCCAAGGAGCCCGGGGACUGAAGGGCCAGGGGGGCCCCAUCUCCCCCAGCCCCGAACCACGAGGCAGCGGCCCGGAGCCGGCUCGACCGGAGUGUGGCCCAGACAACGAGGGGUUGAAGGCCAGGACCGUGGGUCCACCGUGCCGGAGGACCGAGCGUGUUCUCAGCUCAUCGCUGCAGCGAGUUGUGCCCAUUCUCAGACACAACGGGGGCCCAUGACAGCAGGCAGGGGCACAGCACCCCCCACAUGCUACCGAUGGGACCCCAGAGAAGUGAGGAUAAAAGCCCUACUACUGCUGCAGUAGACUCUUAGCCACGUCGGAGGCUGCCGUCUUCCUCGAGCCCAACCGGACAGAGGUGCCGGGGCUGUCCCCCCCAGCCCGUCAACUCACAACACCGCUCGGGGUACAAACACAGCGGGUUUAUUGGCGCCCUUAGUCUGUACAAACGCGGAUGCGGUCGGGAAUAAAUGUACAAAACCCCA